CGACCGACCGACCUGCGGCGGAGGAAGGCAACGACAAGGGGAAUUUUAGGCUGUGUCCCGUAUUUGGAAUAAGCGAGGCUAUAGACUGCAGCGUUCCUCCCUGACGUGAAAAAGAGCUCCUCUGUAACCUUCAACCUUCUUUAAAAAUUAUUUUAUUUGACGGCGAACUAACUACUGGAACUCACCCGUCGUUUCGAACUGUGAAGAAGCCAGAGAGACAUUCAGGUUCUGGACCGGAUAAUGGGAUUUUAAAGAACAUAUCUGGCAGCAUUGACUUGUGAAAACAAGGGGAUAAUUUUUUUUUCCAGUUGGAUAAAAAAAAAAAUUGGAAAUACAGUCGAGAGUUUAGUUGAGCUCCGUUAACGCCGCGCAUAUAUCGUAUGUCAACUCCCGAGGGGGGGAAGAAAAAAAGGGGGCAACGAUGGCAUUCGCGAACGGAGAAAAGUCGCGUUAACGCUAGCUCGCUGGCUAGCUCGGCGGCUAACCUAGCAGGCGGCUAACUAAGCCCGUGUCGCCCUUCCAUUCCUGGAGCAGAGGAGGGGCGCCGGGGCUUUUGUAGCAUUGCAGAUCAGCCUUGCAAUUUUUUUUAUUUAUUUUUUUGGGAAGGGGGGGUGUUUGUGGGUUUGCUGCGGGAAUGGAGAACCCCAGAUAUCUGCCACAGCAACUCGGGGGGAUCUGUUGAGCCCGCGUCGACUCGAUUAUAUCCAAUUCCCCCACAGAAGGAGAAGACGAGAAAGUUCCGGUGGGAUUUCGUCAACAACGACAUCGGCCGGCCCGCGGCAGCCGGGGGUCUCGUACUGUGACCACUGCUGCGUCCCUUCUUCGCAUGCACCCCCGCGGGGACCAGGUAUUAAAGAAUGGGGAAGUGCCGCGCGUCUUGUCCACCUCCUAGAUCCCGGGUCUCGGGGGGGAGGUCAUGAACAGGUCGGUCUUGACGCGGAUUUAGCCCCGGCUCGCCCUCCACUCCCAAAGCCUUGUUAUUAUCUUUUUUCCCCCCUCCUUCUUCUUCUUCUUCUUCUUCCCACCACGGACAUAUUCCAAGGUGAGAAAAACACCAAACUUCUUCCUCCCGGGCCCCUCUGCGCCGACUAACAGGCCGAGGAGGUGAUCGCUAACCCCCUCCCCACUUCUCCUAGCUUCUCCCAUCAUCAUCACCACCACCAUCAUCACUUCGACACCCCCGGCGAGCCGGAACCAUGUCGGGCGAGGUGCGUUUGAAGAAGCUGGAGAAGCUGAUCCUGGACGGGCCGGUGCAGUCCACCGGCCAGUGCCUGAGCGUGGAGACGCUGCUGGACAUCCUGGUGUGCCUGUACGACGAGUGCAACAACUCCCCGCUCAGGAGGGAGAAGAACAUCCUGGAGUUCUUGGACUGGGCCAAACCCUUCACAUCCAAAGUGAAGCAGAUGCGCCUUCACAAAGAGGACUUUGAGAUCCUCAAGGUGAUCGGACGAGGAGCCUUUGGAGAGGUUGCAGUCGUCAAAGUAAGAAACACCGACAAGGUAUUCGCUAUGAAGAUUCUCAACAAGUGGGAGAUGCUGAAGCGAGCUGAGACGGCAUGUUUUCGGGAGGAGCGUGACGUGUUGGUAAACGGAGACUGCCAGUGGAUUACCACCCUGCACUACGCCUUCCAGGAUGACCAUUAUUUGUAUCUGGUCAUGGACUACUACGUGGGCGGUGACCUGCUGACUCUGCUCAGUAAGUUUGAGGACCGACUGCCGGAGGAGAUGGCCAAGUUCUACCUGGCUGAGAUGGUGCUGGCCAUCGACUCUGUUCAUCAGCUACACUACGUCCACAGGGACAUUAAGCCCGACAACCUUCUGUUGGACCUGAACGGCCACAUCCGCCUGGCCGACUUCGGCUCCUGCCUCAAACUCAUGGAGGACGGGACGGUCCAGUCCUCCGUGGCGGUGGGGACUCCGGACUACAUCUCCCCAGAAAUCCUCCAGGCCAUGGAGGAUGGGAAAGGCAAGUAUGGGCCUGAGUGCGACUGGUGGUCCCUAGGCGUCUGCAUGUAUGAAAUGCUGUACGGCGAGACCCCCUUCUAUGCAGAGUCGCUGGUGGAAACUUAUGGGAAGAUCAUGAACCACAAGGAGCGAUUCCAGUUCCCACAGCAGAUAUCAGAUGUGUCAGAGGAUGCAAAGGAUCUGGUUCGCCGGCUCAUUUGCAGUCGAGAGCACCGAUUGGGCCAGAACGGCAUUGAGGAUUUCAAGCAGCACCCUUUCUUCGCUGGCAUCGACUGGGACAACAUCCGCACAUGCGAGGCCCCGUACAUUCCAGAAGUCAGCAGUCCCACAGACACGUCCAACUUUGACGUGGACGAUGACUGUCUGAAGAACUCGGAGACCAUGCCCCCUCCCACUCACACUGCCUUCUCUGGCCACCACCUGCCCUUCGUGGGUUUCACUUACACAAGUAAAUGCACCCUAUCCGACCGGGGUUGCCUGCGGCAGCUGGGAGGGGGGUCCGGUAAAGCAGGCCAGGACCAGUUGGACACGGAGGUCCAGCGAAGCCUGGAAGACAGCCUGGCCACCGAGGCCUAUGAGAGGAGAAUCCGUCGCUUAGAGCAGGAGAAACUAGAGCUGAGCCGCAAACUGCAAGAGUCGACACAGGCGGUGCAGGCGCUGCAGCAUCCGUCAGGCGAGGCCCCCAUCAGCGCUAACAAGGAGGUGGAGAUCAGGAGUCUGAAGAGCGAGAUCGACAUCCUGAAGAAGCAAAUCGCUGACUCUGGACAGCUGGAAAAGCAGCUGGAGGACGUGUCGUCGGCCCGCAGAGACCUGGAGGACUCGUCUAAAUAUGUUAAAACCCUCGAGAAACAGAUGAAGAGCAUUUCGCAGGAGAGAGAUGAUCUGCACAAGGACCUCGUGGACGCCAACGAGAAGAUGAAGUCUCAGUCGAAAGAGCUGAAGGAAGCUCACAGUCAGAGGAAAGUGGCCAUGCAGGAAUUCUCAGAGCUCAACGAGAGACUCACAGACCUCAGGUCGGCGAAGCAGCGUCUGGUUCGCCAGUUGCGCGACAAGGAGGAGGAGAUGGAGAGCCACAGUCAGAAGGUGGAGGCCCUCCGCCUCGAGGUGCGAAAGGCCGAGAGGGCCAAGAAGGAGAUGGAGGCGCAGGCGGAGGAGCAGUCAGGGGAGGCUCAGAAAGAGAGGAAGCUGAGAGAGCGGAAUGAGCAGUACAGCCGACAGCUGGAGGAGGAGUUGGAAGGGCUUAAGUUGAAACAGGCUGGCCCCUCUGCCACUCCGGCCUCAGCCGACCAGAGCCAGGAGGUGGGACGCCUGCGCGGGGACCUGGAGAAGAAAACGGUCCUGUACGAGGAGGAACUGGCGCGGCGGGAGGCACAGCACGGCAGCGAGCUGAAGGCCCUGCGCAAGGAGCUGAGGGACGCUGAGAGUCAGCAUCUCGCUCUGCAGAAAGAAAUCCUGAUGCUCAAAGACAAGCUGGAUAAGACUCGCCGUGAGAGCCAAUGCGAACGGGAAGAGUUCGAGACCGAGUACAAGCAGAAGUACGAGAGGGAAAGAAUCCUGCUCACCGAGGAAAACAAGAAGCUGUCCAGUGAACUGGAUAAGCUGACCAGCAUGUUCGAGAAAUUGAGCAGCUCCAACCGGCAGCUGGAGGAUGAGAUGAGGGAGCUGGCUGACAAAAAGGAGAGCGUCGCCCACUGGGAGGCCCAGAUCACAGAAAUCAUCCAAUGGGUGAGCGACGAGAAGGAUGCUCGUGGAUACCUGCAGGCGCUGGCCACCAAGAUGACAGAAGAGCUGGAGGGACUGAGGAACACCAGCCUGGGAGCCAGAGCCACGGACAUGCCGUGGAAGAUGCGGCGCUUCGCCAAGCUGGACAUGUCGGCCCGUCUGGAGCUGCAGUCGGCCUUGGACGCUGAGAUCAGGGCCAAACAGGGCAUCCAGGAAGAAAUGAACAAGGUCAAGGCCAACAAUAUGUCCACAGAAUGUAAACUGCAGGAGGUGGAGAGUAAAAACCAGGAACUCCUGGCUGAGAUCGACCGGUUGAAAAAGGAGACGGAGGAGCUUCGGCUACGAAGGGGUGUCAAGCACCAGGAUUCCCAGAAUUCCUUCUUGGCUUUUCUUAACGCCCCCACCUCGGCGCUCGACCAGUUCGAUCGCUCGCCCUCCGUUGGCCCAGCUAGCAAAGGCAGACGUGUGGACUCGAUGGAUAACUUCACCCCCUCCAACACUCCAUCCCGGGAAGAUGACCCCAAGUCCCACCUCAAGUCCCGUUCACGUUCACCCUCCAUGGCGAGUGAUAUGGAGCCUAUAGAGUUGAUAGACCAUCCCCCCCGUACAGUCCAGACCCCCACCAUGCGGUCAGGAGGGUACGGCAGUAUUGGACGCUCCUCGCCCAAGCCCAAAGCACAUCAGUUCGUGGUGAAGUCGUUCAACACGCCCACUAAGUGUAACCAGUGCACUUCCCUCAUGGUGGGGCUCAUACGUCAGGGUUGUACCUGUGAAGUGUGUAACUUCUCCUGCCAUGUAACGUGUGCGGACAAGGCCCCGGCCGUGUGUCCCGUGCCCCAAGACCAGACCAAGGGCCCGCUGGGUAUCGACCCUCAGAGGGGCAUCGGGACUGCGUAUGAAGGGCACGUCAGGGUGCCCAAACCGACGGGGGUGAAGAAGGGCUGGCAGAGGGCGAUGGCUGUGGUGUGUGACUUCAAACUGUUCCUCUACGAACUGGGAGAAGGGAAAGCAACGCAACCGAGUGUAGUCGUCAGCCAAGUCAUAGAUAUGAGAGAUGAAGAGUUUUCAGUCAGUUCUGUCCUGGCUUCUGAUGUCAUCCACGCCAGCCGCAAGGACAUCCCCUGUAUAUUCAGAGUGACGGCGUCCCAACUCUCCCCCUCCAGCAGCCACAAGCCCUCCAUCUUGAUCCUGGCCGACAGCGACCAGGAGAGGAACAAGUGGGUGGGCCUUCUCAACGAGCUCCACCGCAUCCUCAAGAAGAACAAGCUCAAGGAGCGCUUUGUCUACAUCCCCAAGGAGGCGUACGACAGCACCCUGCCGCUCAUCAAGACGACACAGUCCGCUGCUAUCAUAGAUCACGAGCGUGUUGCCCUGGGCAAUGAGGAAGGCCUUUUUGUCAUCCAUGUCACCAAAGAUGAAAUCAUCCGGGUGGGAGACAACAAGAAGGUGCACCACAUCGACCUGAUCCCCCAGGAGCAGCUGCUGGCCGUCAUCUCCGGCAGGAACCGCCACGUGCGCCUCUUCCCCACGCAGGCGCUGGACGGCCGCGAGAUCGACUCGCACAAGCUGGCCGAGACGAAGGGCUGCCAGUCCAUCGUCUCCGGCCCCGUCCGCAACAGCUCCCUCACCUGCCUCUGUGUCGCCAUGAAAAGACAGAUCAUCUGCUAUGAGGUGAACAAGAGUAAAGCGCGUCACCGUCGGUUGCGAGAGCUGCAGGCCCCGGGGCAAGUCCAGUGGAUGGGUCUGCUCAGUGAGCGUCUCUACGUGGGCUAUCCGUCCGGAUUCACCCGCUACAGUGUCCACGGCGACGUGUCUCCGGUCAGCCUGCUCCAUCACGAGGACCACACCCUGGCCUUCAUCCCCCAGCAGAACCUGGACGCGCUCUGUGCCGUGGAGAUCUCCAGCAAGGAGCUGCUGCUGUGCUUCAGCAGCAUCGGCGUGUACGUGGACUCGCAGGGCCGCAGAUCGCGGCAGCAGGAGCUGAUGUGGCCGGCGACGCCCAACUCUGCCUGCUACAACGCCCCCUACCUGUCGGUGUACAGCGAGAACGCGGUCGACGUGUUCGACGUCAACACCAUGGAGUGGAUUCAGACCAUCCCUCUCAAGAAGGUGCGACCUCUGAACAUUGACGGCUCUCUGAACCUGCUGGGGCUGGAGACAGUCCGGCUCAUCUACUUCAGAAACAAGAUGGCCGAGGGUGAUGAGCUGGUCGUCCCGGAGACGUCAGACAACAGCAGGAAGCAGAUGGUGCGCAACAUGAACAACAAGAGGCGCUUCUCCUUCAGGGUGCCCGAGGAAGAGCGACUUCAGCAGAGGAGAGAGAUGCUGCGAGAUCCAGAGAUGAGGAACAAGCUGAUCUCCAACCCCACCAACUUCAAUCACGUGGCCCACAUGGGACCAGGAGAUGGGAUCCAGAUCCUUAAAGACCUGCCCAUGGAGAGCCGCGCGGGCUUCAGCGGUUCCGUCAGCAUCCCCUCCAUCACCAAGAACCGGGCGGAGCCGGGCCGCUCCAUGAGCGCCAGCAGUGGACUGGGCAUCCGCUCGUCCUCUCAGAACGGAAGCGCCCUGCGCAGAGAGCUGUCAGGAGGAAGCUACAAGCGUCAGACCAUGACGUCGCCCUCGGAGAGCUCCCUGUCCUCCGGCGGAGGAAUGGACUGCGGUGACGCUCCACUCUCACAGUUUGACAGAGAGUGGCAGGCAGUCUCACCGUCGGAGAAGACCCCCGAUCUGAAAAGGGCUUUAAGGACCCUGCUUAGUAAGAUGAAGGACUCGGAUUCCCCCCGUCACUCCACGGCCUCCAACAGCUCCACCUUCAGCAGCCCCCCCAGCCCGGCCUCCCCACACAAGACCAAGUCCCUGUCCCUGGAGAGCACAGACCGGAUGGGCUGGGACACAUGAGCUCCCCCCCUGCAGCCUGUCGCCCACCCAGUCCCACCAUCCAAUCAACUGACCGGCCGACCGACAGCACAGGACUCCGAACCCUCCUCCUCCCUCCUUCCUCUUCUUUUCUUCUUCCUCCACCGCAGCCUCGCACCUCCUCUCUGAAUACUCCCCCCUCACUGCCCAGAGAACUGCACCUCCCGCCCCCCUCCCCGGUGAACAUUUGUCCCACUUCACGACGUCAGUGUGACCCCCCACCUCCAGCGUGGGGCAGGUGUGUGUGUGUGUGUGUGUGUGUGUGUGUGUGUGUGUGUGUGUGUGUGUGUGUGUGUGUGUGUGUGUGUGUGUGUGUGUGUGUGUGUGUGUGUGUGUGUGUGUGUGUGUGUGUGUGUGUGUGUGUGUGUGUGUUCAGAGAGGGCACAUGAUAUAGGAAUGCCAAACUUUUUGCAAUCACCAGAAGUGACACCACUCGGCCCACAAGCCCCCCGCUGACGCCACGACGAAACAAACACAGGAGGCUUAUUGUUGAGAGGAGAUGAUUUGUACUUGUACAUAGGACCCUCCAGGUUGUAGGGGACAGAUAUUUUAAUUUAUUUAUCAAUCUUAAGACGAGGAGAGUGAGGUUUGCUUCUUCAUGGCCUGAAGCAGAAGGGUGGAGUUAAAAAAAACAAAAAAAAAAAACAAUCCUCCUCACGUUCCCUCAGUCGCUUUCUCUAUGGGUGCUGCAAAAAUCAAAAAUGUUAAAAAAAAAAAAAAAAAAAAAAAGCCUGAGAGAGAAAGUAAGGAUAUCAAUGAUUUUUUUUUUCCAUUUUGAUCAUGAAUACUCAGUGCAGUGACUUUAUAAUUAUAAUUUUUUCUAAUAUCGACCAUCAGAAAAAAGCUAAAUGCAGCAUUAAUAACAGCGGCUCCUCUUCCUCCUCCCCCAUUGGUCCAAAUGCCACGUGACAUCAUCCAGCAGCCCUAUGGGCCUGCCCCCCCCCCCCCCCAAACCCCUCCAUCAUAGCGUAGACGUUUCCACUUUGCUGUAAAACCAAACUGACCAACUCACAACGACUCCCAUCACAAUAAUGUACAUAGGUUCAAAGUAGAGAGUAAUAUAUGAUAAUGUAGAGAAACUACACGGGAAAGAAACUAAAAUUUGACUUGUUUCCUUUUUUGUUUUGGUUUUUGAGUGAUUUGAGGUUGUAUUCACACACAAAAAGCCAUUUUAAACGACUUUCCAGUUUUUUUUUAAGAAAACGUUUGAUUUUAGAUUUGUCUUUUUGUUUUAUCGUAUGUACGACACGCAUUGUUUUUCUCUUUUCCCCCCCGCCCACUCAGUUUGCAAUUGAGUGAAGAGAACUGACGUAUGGAUCGACGCCACUGCCCGUAUGUAGAGUGAACACGUGCAUUUAUCACAAACCUCCUAUCACACAUGUAUCCACACACACACACACUGAGGUGGUGUUUUUACGCAGCAGAGGCCUUAGUCCUCCUCCGCCCUCUGAAGUCUGUCGGAGGCGAAGCGGCUCUGAUCAUUUAAUCGACAGCUAAAACGUGUGUUCCUAAAUUCACUGUGGUACCCGGGAUGGAACCUGCAUCCGCUCGGAGGUGGGCUCCGUUUUUACCAAAAAAAGAAAAGACUUUGUGACAUGAUUUUUUUGUCUUUCACGCAGCUUAUUCUGAAGACUGGUGUAACGGUCUCUUCAUUGAAAAGCUACGUGUUUGUAAAAAGAGAAAAAGCUCUUGAUUUGAAAAGAAAGCUAGAACAGGAAUGUAAAACAGUUGAACGCUGCGAGAAAGUCAGCACUCUGGUUUCUGUCGCCGUCGUGUAGAAUUACCAGGGCUGGAUCUGUUAACAUUCCUCCUGGUGGGUUUGUCUUUGGCAGAAUUUUACACAAGGCCUUUGAAAGCAUUUUUGAACGGUUUUGGUGGCUUCCGCCCGCGGAGCGUUCACAGCCGAGAGCCUGUGACCUCAGUUCAUCUCCUUCACUCCCUCAGACUCGGGAGGAAGAAAACUGUCCCGACGCUAAAAACACAGACUACGACGUGGUUUUAAUUGUGGUGUUGAAGAAAGAAAAGCACACACUGUAUGCUGACAGUGGCCCGUUGUUGGUGACAGAUUCUUGGUUGUCCUCUGCGGGAGCAGCUGAAUGCUGCGACGGCGACAGCAUCCCGGGUCCGAAUUCCUCCGGUUUAUUCCGCUUGUCGUUUGUCAGAAAGGGGGAAAAAAAAAAAAAAAACCCUAAGUACUUCGGUGCACAUUCCUGCCGAUCCUGCCCGGUUUGGAACACAACAGAAGUUCUAAACAACCCAUUCCAAGUGUUUUAUUUAGCACUCUAUAUACGGAACAACCGACUCCUUAGAGACUUUUAAAGCUAGUGACUCUCCUUAGUUCCUGCUGGAGUUCAUGUGUAGAAUGUAUACGCUGGGGGGGAGGAAACCGUCUUAGCCUGGUGUUUUAUUAUUAUUAUUAUUGGCCAAUGUUGUACAGAAAACCGGAUCCUAGGAGAGAGAGGAGGGGGGUUGGGGUGUGAGAAACUCAGGAAAAUGUCAGAACCAAUGAAUAAUUUUUCAUUUAGAUGAGCGAGUGAGCGUGUCGGAGGUUUGACUGGAGGAGUGAGGGGAAUCUGGCUGUGAUGUACAGUAGAUGUGACCCAGGCAGAGAAAGCAGGAAGAAGGAAAUGUGUCUAGAGGACUAGAAAGGAGAAAAUGAUGAAAACGUUUUUCAGGGGUGAAGGGCGGUUUGAUGGCCGAGGUGCCACAGUGUCGACGUUCAAGAGGAAGAAAAUCUUGAAAAGAGAAAAAUAAUCAAACGCCUUUGCAUUUCAGUGAGGUCUUAUCCACAGUACCUUCUAUAUUAUUUUGCUCUUUCAUAUCAUAUUACACUUUUUUUUUGUUUUCUAGGAUUGCUUUGUAAUAAUUUGUACAGUUUUGCAUGUUAUAGAUGUAAUCAUUUUUUUUUUUCGGUUUGUUGUUUUACUUGGACUUGCUCCUUUUUUUUUGGAACGGUUUUGGCGUUUUACUGAGGAUAACCCACUACAGGUGAUGUAGAUUCUUUUUUGCACAAAGAAAAAAAAAAUAUUUAAGGUGUAAGGUCAAAAAAACAAAAAAUAAUGUAUGGAACUGGCUGCCACACUUAUGUGGAGAACUCAUUAUAUUAACCUGACUCCGAUGUAUUUCAAUAAAGCGGAGGGCUGUUACAAAUA